GGCCUGUCUGCUGGGAGAUCCGGGAGGGAGGGGGCUUUUGGAGGAAGAAGAGACCGUCGUGGGGGAUUCUAGGGGCGGAGAUGAGGAGCUUUGGGGUGAAUAAGAGAAGGCAAGGAGUCCCAUUUCAAGGGGUGGGAGACUAUCAGGAUUGGGUUGUCGAAUACUCGAUUUUGGAACAAUUGUGAACUAUUAAUGAAAGUUGCCGGAAUUGUGAAUUGGUCCGAUCAUUCUGGAAAGCAAUUGGGAAUUAUGCUAAGAAAGUGACUAAAUUGCCUAUACCCUUUGAUCAGAAAUUACGCCCUUAAGCGUAUUAAAUGACUACAUAAACUUUAAUUAUUUUGACCCCAAGGAGUUCAAAGAGUAAAAAGAAAGACCCUGACUAUUUAAAAAUGCUUAUAGCAAUGCUUUUUAUUAUGCGUAAUAGCAAAGACCUGGAUCCGGAAUAGCUGCCUAUCUAUUGGGAAUAGCUAAAAUAGUUGUCAUAAUAAUGAAAGAGUACAGCUGUAAAAAAUAUGAUAAAGAAGCAUGGGAAGACUUACAUGAAUUGAGAGAAGCAUGGGAAGAUUAAAUGAACUGAUGCAAAGUGAAGAAAACAAAACCAGCAAAACGUACAAUGUCUACGACUGUAAGUGAAAAGAGCAACAAAAACAAAACAUAGGAAUUGAAAGCUGUGAAAUAAUAAACAAGCUUGGCCUCAACGAAGAGAUAAGAAAGCACCUCCAUGCCUUCUUUGCUGAAGUGAGGGACUAUGGGUUUGGAGCACUGCAUAAAACUGUCAGACUGAAAAAAAAAGUUGGAGAGGUCUGAAUCCUCCUCAUCGAGUCAAGUCCAUCUCCAUGACAACCUUUACUGAGCCUGAAGUGAUAUUCCUCCAGUCUCGUGGAAAUGAGGUUUGCAGGAAGAUCUGGCUGGGUCUUUUUGAUUCACAAACCUCCUUAGUGCCAGACUCCAGGGACCCUCAAAAGGUGAAGGAGUUUCUUCAGGAGAAAUAUGAGAAGAAGCGAUGGUAUGUCCCCCCAGACCAAGUCAAGGGGCCAUCCCACACCAAAAGCAGCACCUCUACUCCCACCCAGGAUUCUACUCCAGAUGUAAAGCCCCUGAGGACUCUUCUUGGGGACCAUGUGCCCUCUGUUGCCAUCUCCAGCACUAACCAAUCUGUCCCUCAGGCUCGGCUCUCCCAACAUCCAUGCUACCAACCACCCUCCCUCUCUUCAGUCAAGAAAGCUAGCACUGACCUUCUGGCUGAUAUUGGUGGAGACCCUUUUGCUGCUCCCCAACCGGCAUCGAAUUUUGCUGUCUUUGGGGGCCAGGGGACUUCUCAUGGAGGCUUUGCCAACUUUGAUGCCUUUGGGAGCAGCCCUUUCUCCUCUACAAUUCCCUCAGCUGGCCAGGCUUUAUUCCAGACCCAGCCAAUUCCCAUAGCCAGUCAGAUGCUUACUGGAAGUUACAGCUUUGGCAGCAGCCAGGUGGUCCCAUUUGGUACUUCUCCUCUUGUUUCUGCUACCCAGACAAGUGUCCUUUCAGAUAUGAGCAAUGUCAUGGAAACUGGGAUGUCAACUGGUGGUAUUCCUAGCAGAGCCUUUGGGACUGUUGGCCAUGUCUCUGGACUCCAUACUGCUGUUUCUGGCAGUAAUAGCAGCAGUGCUGGACUUGGAUUUGGGGCUUUCACCAACCCUUUCAUCGCACCAGCUCCUCACUCACAGUUGCCUUCCACCAACCCAUUCCAGUCUAAUGGCAUGGCCUCUGGGCUUGGUUUGGGGAUGAACUCUGUAGUACCUAGCUUCUCUUCUGCACCGACCCCUGGUGGCUUCCCAGGAACUUUCUCUCCUAAUCUCUUCCCUCCACAAACCUUGCUGGCUCAGCAGCAAAAUGGCUCGGGCUUUGUAGGAUUAGGAACAGCUAAACUGGGGCAAAGGCCUAUGAACCAUCCAGUAGGGAUUUCUACCAAUCCUUUCAUGACUGGAUCCUCAUCAAGUCCAUUUGCUUCCAAACUUCCUCCUACUAAUCCCUUCUUGUAGCACUGUGCCCAGGAGGACUACAUCCUUCCUGCUCUCUCUACCCCCAGUAUCCUUCUGUUCCCUAGAACCCUGGUGGCCAUAUUUGGUUUUUUUGGCAUUACUAUGGUCUCAGCCCAAGAUAGGGAAUGACUUGCCUUACUUUUGAGUGGUAUAAUGGUAUCUUGGGUAUAAUGAAAGUGCUACUGUUUUGCCUUGGGCUUGCCGAUAAAACACCAGCCCCUAAGCCAGUAGCCCAGAGCAGUGAGAACUGUGGGAGUGGCCCCUCCAGUGUUUUACUAUUCUAAAUUUUUUUCUUCUCCCCUCUCCCUCAUAUACAUAUGGUUCAUCCAGCUCCCAAUGCCUUCUCCUGUGGAGAAAGUUAUUAUAAUCAUGUAUAGGCUGGAACAGAUUUCCUUCUCUAGAGCUCUAGUCAAACUGCUGGUAGGCAGUGGGAAGCUGAACCUACACAAUAGGACCUUAACCUACAUUCAAAAGGGCCUCAUUGCAAGCUAAAAUAGUGACAAAUAUGGUUGCUCAGACCAAGCCAUGGCAAGCAUAUGGGAAGGAAUGGCACCACAGUUAGGGCACCUUCAUUUCCUGGCUUCUGUCUGCAUUAGCUGGGCACCUCCAAUCAUCUUCCACAUAGUCGUGCCACCGGUUCCAAAAAGACUUUGUCUCCUCAACAAAUUUGACCCAGUCACCCUGUCUGUACAUGCAAUGAAUGAAAGAUUCCUUUCCCUCUUAUCAAAACUAUUUCUUUUCCUAUUUGUUUUCAAAAGUGUUUUAGAAGUGUAGAACCCCUUAGGUUCUUUACUCUUCCCCCAAAUUCAUGUUAGGCACUUUAGUUAACUGUUGGUUUGAUGUUUGGAUAACAGUGUUUUAUAAACACAAAGUUUUCUAAUAUAGCCUAUUCUACAUAUGUGUGUAUGUAUACACACAAUACAUAUAUAUAUAUAUAUAUAUAUAUAUAUAUAUAUAUAUAUAUAUCUUAUACAUAUCUUAUACAACUUGUGCACUCUUCCCCCAAGAAUCAUCAGGUAACAGAUAUUUAUGGGUAAUAAAGGUAUGCUUUAUCUACUCUUGACCAUUAUUCCAUCAGUCAUGUUCCAAGAUCUCUUCCAGCAUUACAUCUCCUGGACAGGAGAGACAUUUUUGUGUAGUUGCUGCUUUGUUUUUUCAUACUUCCCAUUCUGCCCUGACCUUGAUUCUUGCACAAAAGGUAAUGUUGAAAAAUAAUUUUUCAUUUGAAAGAAAAAGGAAAAAACAUGUUGCUUGUUAUCUAGCUUUUGGAUCCCUUGGUUUCAUAUAACAGCAAACUUACUUGCCUGAUUAGCUUACUUAACAUUUUUGUUGUUGUUUUGUCCAGACAAUAGCAAAGUGACUCCAAAGAGUGGGUUGGGAUGGGGGUGGAGGAGAGGGCACCGGGAUAGGACUAGAUCAGGGUGGAAAUAUGAGCAGAAACAAGGAAGGCCUUAGUGUUAAAUUUGCCCAUACCUAACCAGACUACCAAAGCAUUACCUGACAAUCACCUCAGACAUCACAACUCCUUAUACUGCCUAGUCCAUUGUAUAUUAGCAGCUCUGAGGGCUGAGCUGUUUGUAGGGAACAUGGGUAUCUGCUUAGGGUAAACUUUCUGCUCAUAAUGAGAUUAUGACUUUGCUAUUUAGACCUAUGUAAUAGGAUAAGAGCACUUGCCACUAAAUAUUUAACCUGCAGUAGCCUUGAGAAUGUAGAAGAAUGGUUUUCUUAGUAGAUUUGGGGAAGUUUUCUGGAAAAAUGCCUGCAGCUGUGUGUAAUUUCUAUUGACAGGAUCAAUUUCACCUCAUCUUCAUUGUGGAGCAGAAUCCAUAUGUUGUUGUCCUUUUAAAUUCCUAAUUCAUCUCUAUGCCCUAUUUUUGUUAUGGGUAAGACAGGAAAUCUAAGCACUGAAGAACUGUUGUCACUUCCUCCUUUAUAUAUAAUCUGUUUACCCUCUGGUUCCUCCCCAAUCCCACCCUGCUCCUUUUGCAAAGGUCUACCCCACUAUUAUAGGCAUUUAUGCCUAGGAAAGGCAUGUUGUUAACUUUUCUUUCAAGGCCAAGUCAGGGAAACAGAAUAGGUACACACCCAGACCCCAAAAUUCCUUUCUCCAAUUGGUCACAAACACAGGCAUAUAUGAGAAUGAAUUAAGGGUUUCCAUUGCAGAAGCCUAAUGAAUUUCUCCUGUAGAGGAAAGACAUCUCAUAGAAGGACACUUCCUCUCACUGUCUAAUGUUGCCUCUGAUCUUGAUGUACUGUAUUUCCAUUUCUCCAUCUUAACUUUUUUUCUCCCCAAGUCAUAUUGUGUUUCUGUACCUUCUCCAUGUGUUUUGUGUCUUAUUUACUUAUCUCAUUUUAAUUGGUCAUUUGGGUGCUUUGAGAUAUCAGGAAGAGUCAAGGGCCUGGUUGACAUGCUGUGGCAAGAGCUAUAUUCUAAACCUUUUUUUUUUUUUUCUCAUAGCUUGCUGCCACCUUUUUUUAUUCCCCAUUCUUCAUUUACCAAGGAUUAGUUAGAACUAAUUUAAAAGGACUUUAAAUAUGAGAUAUCAUUCUUUCCUUGGUGCUUGGUGCCCUAUAUUCAGUGGCUCCCUCCAACUUUCCCCUAACAUUUACUGAGCCAGAUAAUGAACUCUUUUUCUCCAUUCUGGUCCCAGGCUCUCUUAGCUUUUUCAGGGAAGAUAGUCAUAGGUGAUAGUGCUGAGUCAGCCCCAGAUCCCAGGGUAGAGAGAAUAAGGGUAUGUUAGGAAGAGUGAGACUAAAUGCUUACAACUGAUCUUCUCCAUUCCUAGUCUCAUUUGUUAUGUGAGUUCAGUGGAAACUGAAGGUCUGAUCUUUACCGAUGCAGGAUAAGAGCAGUAGCUCUGGAAUCAUGAGUUGUUGGGAUUUUUUUUUUUUUUUCAAUAUACCAAAAAAAAAAAAAGUAUCUGCUGUAUGUCGGGAUUUUUGCUUCUGAAACCAACUAUUCCAUACUGCUUGCUUUUUAAAAAUGUAUACAAUAAAUUUGCAUUGCUUUCAAAGCUG